AUGGAGUGGACCAACGCAGCUAAAAAGGGGUGUUUGGGAGACCAGAUGCUGGCUGGUGUGUACGGAUUCGAGGGUAGAGGAAAUCGUCAUGAUCCACUUAAGUGCAGCUGCGAAGACGAUUUGAGGAAAUGUGAGGAAAUUCUAGGUCCAGGGUCAAUAAGCGAUUUGGUGGAUAACGAAGUGCAAAUAAAUGAGGGAGCAAAUGAUGAAGAAAAUUCGGCUCCACUAGGAUAA